AGGGCUGGGCUUCACCGAGGCUUGGCGGGAAAAAGAGCCGAGUGGGAGGGAUUCUGAGAGUCGCAGUAUAAAAGAAGCUUUUCGGGGCGUUUUUUCUGACUCGCUGUAGUAAUUCCAGCGAGAGACAGAGGGAGUGAGCGGGCGGGUUGGAAGAGCACAGUGUGCAGAGCCGCGCUCCGGGCGUCCUGGGAAGGCAGCUUGGGGAGUGAGAGGGGCUUUGCCUUCGGGCCUGCCGCCCCCCACCCCAACCCUCCAGCUGACCUAGCACCAGAGAUCGCAACCCUCGCCCCAUCUGGGAAACUUUGCCCAUUGCAGCGGGCGGACACUUUUGCACUGGAACUUACAAUCUGCGAGUGAGGAUAGGACUCCCCAGGCGCCGGGGAGAAAUUUUUUGUCUAUUUGGGGACAGUGUUCUCUGCCUCUGCCCGCGAUCUGCUCCCCUGAAAGGAGCUCCUAGCGCUCUUUGAAGGCUGGAUAUCCUUUGGGCGGUGGAAAACCCGCAGACAGCCGCCACGAUGCCCCUCAACGUGAGCUUCGCCAACAGGAACUAUGACCUCGACUACGACUCGGUGCAGCCCUAUUUCAUCUGCGACGAGGAAGAGAAUUUCUAUCACCAGCAACAGCAGAGCGAGCUGCAGCCGCCCGCGCCCAGCGAGGAUAUCUGGAAGAAAUUCGAGCUGCUGCCCACCCCGCCCCUGUCCCCCAGCCGCCGCUCGGGGCUCUGCUCUCCAUCCUAUGUUGCGGUCGCUGCGUCCUUCUCCCCAAGGGAGGACGACGACGGUGGCGGCGGCAACUUCUCCACCGCCGAUCAGCUGGAGAUGGUGACCGAGCUGCUUGGAGGAGACAUGGUGAACCAGAGCUUCAUCUGCGAUCCUGACGACGAGACCUUCAUCAAGAACAUCAUCAUCCAGGACUGUAUGUGGAGCGGCUUCUCCGCCGCCGCCAAGCUGGUCUCAGAGAAGCUGGCUUCCUACCAGGCUGCGCGCAAAGACAGCGCCAGCCCGAGCCCCGCCCGCGGGCACAGCGGCUGCUCCACCUCUAGCCUGUACCUGCAGGACCUCACCGCCGCAGCGUCCGAGUGCAUUGACCCUUCGGUGGUCUUCCCCUACCCGCUCAACGACAGCAGCUCGCCCAAGUCCUGUACCUCGUCCGACUCCACAGCCUUCUCUCCUUCCUCGGACUCGCUGCUGUCCUCCGAGUCCUCCCCACAGGCUAGCCCGGAGCCCCUAGUGCUGCAUGAGGAGACACCGCCCACCACCAGCAGCGACUCUGAGGAAGAACAAGAAGAUGAAGAAAUUGAUGUGGUGUCUGUGGAAAAGAGGCAGCCCCCUGCCAAGAGGUCCGAAUCAGGGUCAUCCCCAUCAGGAGGCCACAGCAAACCUCCACACAGCCCACUGGUCCUCAAGAGGUGCCAUGUCUCCACUCAUCAGCACAAUUAUGCAGCGCCCCCCUCCACGAGGAAGGACUAUCCAGCUGCCAAGAGGGCCAAGUUGGACAGUGGCAGGGUCCUGAAACAGAUCAGCAACAACCGCAAAUGUGCCAGCCCUAGGUCCUCAGACACCGAGGAGAACGACAAGAGGCGGACACACAACGUCUUGGAACGUCAGCGGAGAAACGAGCUCAAGCGCAGCUUUUUUGCCCUGCGUGACCAGAUCCCGGAGUUGGAAAACAAUGAAAAGGCCCCCAAGGUAGUUAUCCUCAAAAAAGCCACCGCCUACAUCCUGUCCAUCCAAGCGGAGGAACACAAGCUCAUCUCAGAAAAGGACUUACUGAGGAAGCGGCGAGAACAGUUGAAACACAAACUCGAGCAGCUUCGAAACUCUGGUGCGUGAACUGACCUCGCGUGCGCGAGGAGGAGCUGGGAUCGCUCGUGUAUUCUCACUCCUUACUCAGGGAGAGUAAGGAGAACGGUUCCUUCUCUUAGAACUGAUGCGCUGGACUUGAAAUGCAUGCUCAAAGCCUAACCUCACAACCUUGGCUGGGGCUUUGGGACUGUAAGCUUCAGCCAUAAUGUUAACUGCCUCAAACUCUAGGCAUAAAAGAACUUUUUUUUAUGCUUCCCAUCUUUUUUCUUUUCCUUUAACAGAUUUGUAUUUAAUUGUUUUUAAGAAAAAAAAAUCUUAAAGUUUACCCACUUUUCCCAUGUAAAUAGGACCCUUAAAUGUAAAUAACUUUAAUAAAACGUUUAUAACAGUUAUACAAGA